AUGGGGAUGGCAGGGUUUUUUGUUCUCUGUUGCACUAUUGUGGCUUUGGCUGAGCCUGUUACAUCUAAUGAAAAUGAUUUGAACGGGAUCUUUACAUCAUAUUCGCCAGGAGUUAUACAUGUGUCUGAUUUUCCUGUUAUGGAAGAUGGGUAUUUUAUUAAUGAAAUCCUCCAACCUCCUACUUUGGAUGAACUUGAAUCCAUGUUUGGAUCUGUGUUCCCAAUGCCAUAUGAAGUACAUGGUCAACUGGAGAGAAGCGGUGACUUUUCAAUAAGGAUCAUGACCUCAUCUUGGCGGGAUCUGGCAAAUACUAAUGUGUUCCACAAAGGAGAGCAGUUGUAUCUGCAGGUGUCUGCAUCACCAGGCCCUGGUCAACAACUUUAUGUCCUGUCCUGCCAUGCUUCUUCCUCUCCAGACCCAGCUGACAAGCCAGAAGUUGCCCUUAUUAUUAACAAAGGAUGUGUGGCCUCCAAAGAAUCUUUGGUGAAGUUUGUGUAUCGACGGAGUGACGUAGUCAAUUUGGUUCUUCGUACGUCCAGUUUAAAAUCUUCAAAGGUUUAUCUUCACUGCACAGUCUCCCUUUCUGAUUUGGGUCUGACCUCAAACACUAAAUUCUGCAACUAUAACAAGCUCAAAUCCAGAUGGGUUGACUUGGGUGGCAAAACCUCCGUGUGCGAGUGUUGUGAAAGAAGUUGUAGGAGCUUGUCUGAGCGUGGAGACCUGCUUGAAUUGACUGCAGUAGUAAGCACUGGCCUGCUGAUAAUUAAAGACCAACAAUCCGAGCCACAGGCCACACCACUGGUUCUGUCGGAAUACAGCACCUCAAAGUCCAGCCCUACGUCCAAAGACUUGUCUGAUAGAUGGAUCAUGGCAGGUACCUCAUUCUCCAAAAGCUCAGUGGAAAAUGUGGGCAGUGGCUCCCCCUUGCCUGUUCAGCCUGGCUUUGGAGGUGGUGUGAUGGUCAUCAGCCAGGGGCUGGGAGGUGCUUUAUCAAUGUGGCUACCAGAGCUUAUGGAGCUUCAGUUAAACCCAGUGAUGGACGUUGGAUUCAGUCAUGCAGAAAAUCCUGCAGUUGUUGCUAUUACCCUUCAAAGUGAUGACCCCUUCAGAAGGCAGAAACCAGAAUGGCAAAAUGCAAGAGACAAGCCUGUUGAUGGUCCACACCAAGAGUUUGCUGUGGAUGAAGUUAAUGAUGGUGCAAAAUACUGGUUGAGCAGGCAUGGCCAUGCAGAUGUUGCCCACUUGGGUAAGGUCGAGAGGCAACUUAUGAACAAAGAACAGGUUCAUCUAGAGCAGCCUCGACUGAAUUUUUCCCAGAGUUCAGACUUAUCAGAUGAACAAACACCUACAGAGAAGGUCAUUGAGGGCACCAAGGAUGAGGGAGAAGUAAUCUUCAGGCAGGCUGAGAUGGUCUUUAAAGGAGCCAAAUCAUCAGUGCCAUUUCUAUCUUCUAAACUGAGUCUAAAAGCAGCUGCAGAUGGUUCCAGUUCUCUCAGUUAUGAAGAACAGAAGAUGCCCAGUAUAAGUGACCGGCACAUUCGGACACCCGAACUGGAGCGGGAUGGUGAGAAGAGGCAAAAAGAUGAGAAAAUGGAGAAUGCUUCUAAAAUCAAAGACCUUGUUUCAUCACUGUUAGAUGGACUGAGGUGA